AUUCGGAUUUUUAUGAAAUCGUCAAUGCUUGGAAAUUAGCUUCUACCGUUGCAAACGUUGCUGAUCUUUUACUGUUCAUAUCCGCAAGUACCAACCGUUGGUUCACUGAUUUUUAUAAUUUUUUUUUUCUUUUGGUCUUCUGGGAGUGUUUAUGAGUUCAUAUGUUUGAAAUGGUUUUUGGAGUGAUUUCUGGAACUGGGUUUUGACUGUCAGUGGUGUUGAACUCGUUAUUGAACCAAGUGUGAAUUGGCUGGGCGUUUGGUUGGUAGGUGAAAUCUUGUGUGGUGGUUGUGCUAUGAGCUUUGUGGCUGUAAAAGCACAAUGAUUUUUUUGAUAACAACAAUGUUGAGUUUCCUAUACACAAAGUCAAUUUGGGAUACGCCUCUUUCGUCAGAAAAUGUUUGACUUUACUGUUUUACUGUUUUUCUUUCUGAUCCAAAUUUCUUUCUCAGGGAGUGUCUCUCUCGGAUUGUCUUGUUAGCUUUGUCUGACUCUGUUUCAUUCAGAUUUUUCACCCAAAAAAAAAAAAUGGGGACCAAUUUGAACUUCAAGAAUUUCGGGUCGGACCCACCGGGCGAUGGAAACGGAAGGCCGCUGGGGAACUUUCCGUUGGCACGGCAAUCGUCGAUCUACACCUUGACCUUCGACGAGUUGCAGAGCACGAUGGGGGGGAGCCUAGGCAAGGACUUCGGGUCCAUGAACAUGGACGAGCUACUCAAGAACAUUUGGAGCGCUGAGGAUGCCCAGAGCAUUAUGGCCAAGCCAUCCUGGACUGCCGGACCAGAAGGGACUGGCCCACCUGGUGGGUACCUACAGAGGCAGGGCUCGCUGACUCUGCCGAGGACGCUGAGCCAGAAGACCGUGGACGAGGUCUGGAGAGAUAUAUCCCAGGAUGCAACUGGAAAUGGAAGCUCAACCUUGCCGCAGAGGCAGCAUACCUUAGGGGAGAUGACUUUGGAGGAGUUCUUGUUCAGAGCUGGGGUUGUGAGAGAAGACACCCAAUUGGAUGCCAAGCCUGGUGGUGGUAGUGAUAGUACUGGAGGGUUCUUAGGAAAUACUGGUUUGGGAAUUGGGUUUCAGCAGACUGGUGGGGGUACCGGGUUGAUGGGGAAUCGGAUUUCAGAGAGUAAUAAUCAGUUUUCGAUUCAGUCUUCGAAUUUGCCACUGAAUGUAAAUGGGGUCAGAUCGGAUCAGACACAGUUGUCACGGCCUCAGCAGCCGCAGAUUUUUCCUAAGCCGGUUACGGUGGCUUAUGGGACACAUCCGAUGCCUCAGCUGGGCAGUCCAGGAAUGAGGGGUGGGAUUGUGGGGAUAGGAGACCAGGGUUUGAGUAGUGGAUUGGUUCAGAAUGCGGCACUGCAGGGUGGAGGAAUGGGAAUGGUGGGCUUAGGAGCUGCAGUUGGAUGUGUUAGCGUUGGGACGGGGUCGCCAGCGAACCAGCUGUCGUCGGAUGGGAUUGGGAAGAGUAAUGGUGAUAUGUCGUCGGUGUCGCCAGUUCCUUAUGCGUUUAAUGGUGGUUUGAGGGGGAGGAGGUCAGGUGGACCUGUGGAGAAGGUCGUUGAGAGGAGGCAGAGGAGAAUGAUUAAGAAUAGGGAGUCAGCUGCGAGGUCGCGAGCUCGAAAGCAGGCUUAUACUAUGGAAUUGGAAGCUGAAGUUGCAAAGUUAAAGGAGGAUAACGAAGAAUUGCGGAAAAAACAGGAAGAAAUUAUGGAAAUGCAAAAGAAUCAGGUCUUGGAGAUGAUGAAUCUACAACGGGGAGUUAAGAAACAAUGCUUGAGAAAAACACACAGUGGUCCAUGGUGAAGUGCGAGAAUGGGAUCGUGAAUGUGGUUAAACAUCAUGUAUGGUUCUUCACAGGAGUACCUGCAGUACUGAUUGGUAAACGCUCCAUGGUUUUCAUGUGACCGAGAUAAUCGCUCUGUGGACGCACAGUUCGUAAGGCUUUUGUUUUUUUGCAAGCUUGUGUCAGGUAUAUGAAGAAAAUAAUCAGACUGAAAAAUCAAAAUAGUUCAUAAGAUGCAAAUAGACUGCUCAAUUACCAUUGGAUGUGCUCCUUGGUAGUCCUUAGUUUAGGUGAGUUAGAAAUCAGACCAUCAUUUUGCUUAAGUUUGUACUUAUUUUAGUUGACCUGCAAAUGGCUAAUUUAAACUGUGAUGUUUUUUCUUAGUACCACAAUUAAAGUUAAUAGACAUUUGGAAUACUAGGCCAAUUAUCAGUUGGCUCUAGGCUUCAAGUCACUGAUACUAGCAGCUUCUUGGUUUCAAGCAAUGUAAUUCUUUUUUUCUUUCCUAA